AAACAGUAAUAAUUUAGGUUUAAGUAUAAUAAAUAGUGAAAAAAUGAGAAUUUUGAGUGAAAAAAUCGUUAAUAUUAUCGACCCGUCUGAGUUACACAGACCUGAACCGAAAUUCGCAGACAAAAAUUUGGAAGAAUUUAGAAAUUAUAACAUCGACGAAAAUGACCCCAUCCAGGAAAGGGUCAGAAAAACAUACAAUGAAAUGCACACAAACCAAACAGUUGACUUUGUUAAAGAUAAAAUGGACAAAUGGUUGAAAUUCAACCAUUACAAAGCCACUAUGAAAGACGCUUUAAUAAAACUUAACGAUCUUGUGGAUGAAAGUGAUCCAGACGUGGAUAUCCCAAAUAUUGUGCACGCUUUUCAAACCGCAGAAAGAAUUAGAGAAGAUUACCCAAAUGAUGACUGGUUUCAAUUGACAGGUUUAAUACAUGAUGCUGGAAAGGUAUUGGCUUUUUAUGAUGAACCUCAAUGGUGUGUUGUGGGCGACACAUUUGUAGUAGGAUGUGAAUGGGGUGAAAAUAUUGUUUACAGAGACACAUCUUUCAAUGAUAACAUUGACGGAAAAAAUCCAAAAUACAACACUAAAUAUGGAAUCUAUCAACCCAACUGUGGACUUGACAAAAUUACAAUGUCAUGGGGUCACGACGAGUAUUUAUACAGGGUGUUAAAGCAUAACAACACCAAACUACCUGAACAAGCUUUAAAAAUGAUAAGGUACCACAGUUUCUACCCAUGGCAUUCUGGUGGGGAUUAUACCCAUCUUUUAAAAGAGGAAGAUGAAAUUACUAAACAAUGGGUAUUAAAAUUCAACCAAUAUGAUUUGUACACAAAAAGUACAGUGGUACCUGAUAUUGAAAAACUUUGGCCUUAUUAUGAAUCCCUUAUCGAAAAAUAUAUUCCAGGUGAAUUGGAAUGGUAAAAAAUAAAAUACAAACAACAAAGAAUGAAUUAUUCCAUUGAAUUCCUAUAUAUUAUUAUUAACCAAAGAUUUGUUAUUUUACCUGUAUAAACUCAAUAUUUACAUAAUAUAUUAUAACAACCA